GGGAAAUCCCUGAAUGCAGUCGUGGGGGUUAUACUGUUCUUCAGAGCCCGUACCGAAGCACCAGAUUCAGCUCCCAGCAGCUGCUCCAGUCUGCCCUGCAGGAGCUCGUUUGUGAUCAUUCACUAUCUCCCGGAUGGUAUCAGUUCCAGAUCUUUGAUAAGCCAGCCCGUAUGCCCACCAAAUGUGUGGAGGUGAAUCAUUGUGGAACACAAGCCCCAGUGUGGCUCUCUCUGGCCGAAGGAGAGACUCUCCCUCGCCCUCUAGAGGUGAAGCAGAUGACAGCCUGCGCUACCUGGCAGUUCCUCGGAAGCGCUAGUAAAGACUGCUGUCUUUUUCGCCUGCCUGUCACCGCCCGCAAUUGCGGGGAAUUUUAUGUGUACUUACUCCAACCAACACAAGGAUGCAUGGGAUAUUGCGCUGAAGAGAUGUCCGACACCAAUCAAACCAGCUGUGACGGGAGACAAAGGAAUAGUGAUGGAACUUGCAGUGGUAAUCAGUCCAGAUCUGUCUAG